CACCUGGUCACCAACCUUCUCAAUAUCUUUCAUUCCUCACACCCCAAAAGAAGACAAGUGAAAAUAUCUUUCCUUUUUCACAAAAUCCAACCUCUCUAGUGUCCUCCAUCUAAUAAUUCCCUGUUGAUCAGAGUUUCAUUCAAGGUCUUGAUUCAUUAAGCAUAUUUUUUCUCCGUACAAGGGCACAUAUGGAACAUAAUUUCUUUGAACCUGAGUUGCACUUCGAUUCUAAGUGGAAAUCAAUUUCAGCGCCAACAAGAGUCUCAGAUAAUGGUGAUGGCGGCUUUGAUUGUAAUAUAUGCUUAGAAUCAGCACAUGAACCUGUGGUCACCCUUUGUGGUCACUUAUACUGCUGGCCUUGCAUUUACAAGUGGCUCAACGUACAAAUCUCUACCAAUGAGCCAGACGAGCAGCCAAAGUGCCCGGUUUGCAAAGCUAACAUCUCUCAGGCUUCGUUGGUCCCCCUCUAUGGCCGUGGCUCAUCAUCCUCUUCAGAUUCUAAAGGCAAAAAACCCAAUUUGGGUCUUGUCAUACCUAAUCGACCUCCACCUUCUGGGUUGAACUCUCUUAUUACUACUACAACCUCUGCUUCACAUUCCAGUCAGCAAAUGCAUCCAAGCUAUUUUGAGUCACAGGCACAGUCAUAUCAUCAUCAGCAAUUCUUCCCUCACCUACAUGGAGGUUAUGCUGCAGACGCAUCAGCUCAUCAUGGGGGUACAGCAAUGACUAGUUUCUCCAAUCCGACAAUUGGGAUGUUUGGUGAGAUGGUAUAUGCAAGGAUGUUUGGGAGCUCGGAUGCAAGUCUGUAUUCUUACCCUUAUACAAGUUCCUACCCUCUGACAGGGAUUAGCAAUCCCAGGAUUAGAAGGCACGAAAUGCAUCUUGACAAGUCUCUUAAUCGAUUUUCCUUUUUUCUUUUCUGUUGUGUAAUGUUGUGUCUUCUCUUUUUUUGAUUUAUGCUUCUCUUCUGUAAUUGCGUUUCUGUAGUUGUAGUGAGAUUUAUCAUUAUGUCAGUGCAGUACCAGAUAGGAGAUACAGAUUUUGCCACAAUGCCUGUUGAAAUAUCUUUUGAUGUGUAUAAUUUUACAUUUUUUUUAGUCGGAUUUAUAAACAGGCAGGCGCCUUGAAAUA